GAAGUUGCUAGAGGACGAAUAAUGUUCGAAUCUGGUUCGAAUAUGGUGGCCGCGGAAUUUCCUAGCUGUCCAGCGCAGUUCGUGUGACAACUGUCAUUUUGUGAUAUAUUCCUUCUUCUGACACGUGGUGAAAUACCGCACAAUUCAAUAUGACAGUUCCCGGAGGCGGUGGGUUUUCUUUCGGGACGCAGCAAACGCAAGCUUCGCCAUUUGGAAACGUCUCUUUCGGUAUGCAGAGCCCUCAAACAACUACGACGCAGUCGUUGUUCGGAGCAGCCCCCACAGUACCUCCAACAGGUGUGGUACAGCCUUUCAGUUUUGGCGCACCUGCUACAGGCUCCACUCAAACUGGAACAGUCAACCCAUUUGCCCUCAGUACCCAACAGGCAGCGCCAGGCAUGAAUCCACCGUUAACAUUUGGGACGCAAACUGCAAUGGCAGGGACAGCACAGCAGCCGUUCGCGUUUGGUGCUGUUGCUGCCACAACGUCGGCACCUGUUGGUACCACGCAGCCAUUUGGCUUUGGGGCAGCUGGUCAAACUUCGGGAUUUUCAUUCAACACCCCCGCCACAUCAGUGCCCUCUUUUGGGGGUUUCGGCGCUCCGACUCCUGCACAGUCUGCAACCCCAACAUUUGGUGGAUUCGGCGCAGCACAAACAACUCAACCAUCUGUCGGCUUUGGAGCUGCGCCAACGGGAUUUGGAGGCUUCGGAUCGACCGCCACCACAACCUCGGCACCAUCCGGAGGGUUUGCGGGUUUUGGAACUCCAUCGACGGCAGCACCCGCCGCUGUCGGAUUCACCGGAUUCGGCACGCCGGCUACUUCGGCACCCACUGCGUUUACUGGCUUUGGAACUCAGCCCGCACAGCCCACUGGAGGAUUUACUGGUUUCGGCACUGCCCCAGUCGCAUCAACGGCAGCACCAACCGCGGCACCUGUGGCCUUUGCUGGGUUCGGUAAAACUCCCGCAGCUACAUCAGCGUCAACGGGUUUCCUAGGCUUUGGCAGCAUGUCAACAACUGCAGCAACCACAGCUCAAGUUCCAGCACAAACAUAUACUUUCGGUGCUCCUGCCACAUCUGCUCCGUCUGGAUUUACUUUUGGUUCCGCUACGCAGCCAGCUGCUGCACCUGCAGCCACUUCUGCAGCUGCUCCUGCGGUUCCUUUUGGAGGUCUCGCAGCAGCGACACCUGCCACCACCACGACGGCAACACCAUUUGCGGGAAUCGGUGCGGUGACGACGAGUGCUUCGACAGGAUUCACGUUUGGCAAGCUUCCGACUACGACGACGACCACAACGGCGGGUACUUCGACUCUCUGUGGCUUCGGACUAACUACUACUGCUAGCUCAACGGCGGCACCAACCUUAACCACCUUUGGUUCGUUUGCAACACCGACGAGCGCUGCAGCGACAACCUCCGCGCCGUCUCUAACCGUAACAACCACGACUACAGCGGCUGCGUCGACUCCCUCGUUCUCCUUUGGUGGAUUUGGCACGACUACGACUACUACGGCUGCCACGACUACGACGGCUGGCUUGACUUUCGGAGGGUCCAGCCUCCUUACGACUACCACGGCUGCUGCCACCACCGCUCCAUCGGUCUUCGGUGCGUCUUUGUUCCCGACCACGACUACCACCACAUCAGGAGCAGCAGCACCUGUCUUUGGUCAGACAGCUACAACCUCGACAGGAUUUUCUUUAGGUAGUCUCAGUUCCACGAGCGCUCCGAGCCUGAGUGCAACGGCAUCCGCGACAGUUCCCGCCACUUCGUCCGUUGGGUUGGGAGGUGUGGACAUCUUGCCGGCGUCCAGUGCUGCAGGCUCCGCCGGAGGAAAAGCUGACAAAGCAGUGAAAGAGAGCACUCUCCCAAACGAGAUUGUACAGACAGUGGAGUCAUUCAAGGCUUACGUGAAUGAGCAGAAGGAAGUGAGAGAGGAGAUCUUCAGGGUCUCUUCUCGUCUGAUUACCAAAGUACAAGAGGAGACAAGUGCACUACGGCAACUGCUAUCCACUAUUGAGAGUGGAAUUCAGAGGAAUGCAUUAGCCAUCGACAGGUUGAAGGAGGACACUGCGCUGGAAUUGAAGAAUGCCGAAAUUGCUCACCACACUAAAGAAACGCCUGCUGCUCUGCAGUACGAGAACACUGCUCCCACCGUGUACUUCCAAAGGCUAGUAGCAAGUUUCAGCCAACAGAUGAAGCUGUACAAGCAACAGAUAGAGGAGUUAGAACAGCACUUUGCGUCAAUGUCUAGUUCGUCGUCUCUGACUCCUCAAGAUCUCACCCUCCUUGUGAAAAGGCAACACGAAACCUUUGUCUCUCUUGCGGCACAACUUCACAGUUUGCAUAAUAGUGUACAGAAACGAAAAGAGGAGUUCCUGAGCCUGAGGAGAGGAACCUCCUGUGGACUGGCCGCAGAAGGCCAUAUUCAGGUGGCAGCACGUGCUGCAAUGAACAAUCGCGUCCCAGUUACCUUUGGCCCAGCACCAUUUUCAAAUGCAAGAAGUGAUGCUGCCCUUGCAAUGGCUCUGGCUUUGGACCGAGCUGCACAACCAUCUGUCGGAGGCUUAGGUCAGUUAGGUAUGCAGCCAGCACCAGGAGGCGGAGGCCUGAACACAUCGGGGUUAUUUGGUGCCCAGUCAUCCUUCAGCUCACCAUCUCUCUUUGGGUCCACCGGUUCGUCAUUCAAACCCCUAGGUGCCGACACGUUUGGGGCAUCUCCCGUCAGCCAGGUUUCUACUCAGCCUUUUCAGCUCCAGAAGCCACCUCCAGGGAACAAACGCGGAAAGAAAUGAUAAAUAGGAAAUCAUUUUAAUAGUAAUGUUGAUAAUAUUAUAGGUGGCAGGGCAUCUGACUGCCGCAGGUAAAGAUUUCUACAUUGCUUGCAUUUUUGCAAGUUCCUGCUACAGCACAUUGUCGACGGCUUCGUUUGUACAGAACUUUCACUUCACGUAACUCAUGCUUCAACUUGCUGGAUCAUGCUUAUGUGUCAGGUCAAAUUAAGUGAAGUCUUUCGAAUGACGUAAAGCUUUUGCUAUUCAGCAUGUAAAGAAGUAAAGCUUUUGCUA